AGAGAGAGAGAGAGAGAGUGAAUCUGUACACAAUCUGAUCCAGCGAUGCGAUAAUUUAAUUACUAGGGUGUAUCAAACACAAUUUAAAUAGUGUAUGUAUUGGCAGGAGAUCUCUGAUUUCUUGCUUGCACUUGCUGUGUUUGAUAGAAAGCUUGAGAGAGAGUGAGAGAGUGAGAGAGAGUUUCUUUUUCUUUCUCUCUUACAAACUCACAUACAAGAAGAUCAAGAUGAGUAGCAAUUAUUUUGGAGAGCCAAACAUGGGAGGAGGAGGAGGAGGAGGAGGAGGGUCUUCUGGUAGGAAAAGCAAGAAGAGCGGUAAUUCAGAGAAGCCAAAGCAACCACAAAGAGGGCUUGGAGUUGCACAAUUGGAGAAGAUCAGAUUACAUGGUCAAUUGGGUUGUAAUUAUCAAUAUCCUAGCCCAUCACUUCAUAGCCCUAAUUAUCCUCCUAAUUUCAACCAGGAGGAUGUUAUGAGAGUCCAGACAGGUUAUUCAUCAAUACCAUCAUCAUCAUCUUUCUCUUAUGCAACUUCAUCAUCAUCUGCAGCUUCUUCAGCCUCCUAUGGCUUCCAACCUAGUAUCAUGAUGGGUGGGGUUGGUGAUUAUGAAAGAGCACCAGUUAGAUAUGGUGAUUCUCAACCCAAUUCUACACCCAGUUGGAAUCGCGGCACCGGCAUCUAUGAACAUCAACAUUUUACACAACCAAGCAUGAGUGCUAAUAGACCACUAUUAAAUCUGCAAGCAAUUGAGGAUUUGCGGCCGAAGAAGAGUAAAAAACAUCGGAACGACUCAAUCGGUAGCAGUCAGAAUUCAGACUCAAGUGACACUCAAGAACUAGAUUUGGAGCUUAGAUUGUCAUUGUAAAUUAUAUUUCUUUCUUCAAGUACUGCAAAAAAGAAAAAAAGGAGUUCGCUUAUUUAUGCUUAAUUUCAGUUCUUAAUAAGUGAACGGUACGUU